CCAUCUCUACAUAUAAGACCGACGACCGGCUAAAAUGGUCUCAGUUUGCCUCUUCGCUGCCUCAAAGAAAGGAAGAAAAGUGAAAAUCACAGCAGCGGAUUUGUGCUUCCGACCUACACGUACGCAGACGACUGAUCGAGUUUGCUCAAAAUGAAGUUUUUGACUGUGACUGUUUUGUGCACGGUGGCGGCGGCCGCGAUGGGCGCCAGUCUGCAGCCCCGCGACGAGGCUGCUGAGCUGCUGCUGGAGACGGCGCAGCUGGACGCCUCCUUCAACAAGGAGCAGCAAGCCGAGCAGCACAACAAGAGGAGUUUCGGCAGCUCGUACAACAGCUACAGCCCCGCCUACGCUUACGAAGAGCCCCACGUUCCCGAGCACUCGACCGGCUCGGACCUUUGGGGCUUCAAGAGGGCCAUCCUGGGUGCUCUGAGCACCGCCAUCAGAGCCAUCGCAGGAGGCUCCAUCGCCGUCAAGGGACAGGUCAUUAAGGGCGCCGGAAACCUGGUCGCCACCCAGGGCAAGCUGAUCGCCAACGGCGGACAGGCCGUGUCUGAGUACGGCCGCGGCGUCGCUGCCAGGGCCCUCCACUCCGCCCCCAAGAUCGCCUCGACAAUUAUCCAACACGUUCAGUCAAAAAUCCCGUCUUUCCAGUACCACCCCGCUCCCGUCGCGUACGCCACCCCCGCGUACGCCAGUCCCGCGUACGCCUCCCCCGCGCCCGCCGCCUACGUGUCCCACGCCCCCGCCUCGUACGUGUCGAGCGGCCCCGCCGCCGUGUACGCCGCCCCCGCAUACCACAGACAGCAGGACGGCGUCAUCAGCGCUCUGACCAAGGCCAAACUGGCCAAGAUCAACGCCGCCACCACCGUCGGCAGCGCCGUCGGACACGCCGUCACCGGCGCCGCCGGCGCCGUCGCCGGAGCCGUCGGAAGCGCCGUCGGAAGUGCCGUCGGCGCAGGAGCCAGACUCGCCGCUGGCGCCGCCUACGGAGCCGCCAACAUCGUCACCGGAGCCGCUCACGGCGCCGCCAACCUCGCCGUCGGCGCCGCCGACGCCGUCAGCAACCACGUCGCCCACAAGGUCAACGCGAUCGCCCCUGCUCACGGCCACGCCCACGCCGUCGGCCCGUCUGCCGGCUACAACGCUGCUUAUGCUGUUCCGAGUUAUGCCGGAUCCCUGGAAGACAGCUUCGGCGAUUUCGACGAUUCCUACAAGCUGGCCCAGCCCCAGAUCAAUUUCCAGCCGUCGAUCAGCUACGAACUCCACUAAUCAAUACAAAGAUUGAGCAUUAACGCAGAGUCAUGCACGCUAUUUAAGAGGCCAGAGAAGAAAACAUCCUAGGAAAAGAAUCAGAAAUCAGAAAAUCAGUGGCGUUCUCCUGCGUUGAUGCUGCAACUCUCAGUUUUAUUGUAGUCUUGCGCAUCCAUUGUAACCACCCCCAUUUACGCCAUUAUUUCUUUUUGUAAUUAAACACAUGCAGCCAUCGUUUUCACUCACAUCUCUUUUGUACUUUGCAUAUUGUAAUUAUAUUGUAUAUUAAAUUCACACACAACUAUUUAUUGAAACCUCCAAAAGUUGAAUGCAUUUCGGACGAGUCGCGGUGAAAGUAAAUUUCGGCUAAUGUUAUUUUUUAAAUAAAAAAUACUCUGUAUAAGAAAAGAA